GUGGGCUUGUCAUCUGGGAUGCAUAUGAUAUGUGGCAGCAGUAGUAGUGAGUAGUGACAUAAUCUUGAUGUGUUUGACUGCCGAAACUACCCGUGACAGCUUACAACAUGGCAACGCCCAAGUUGAGUUGAGUGUAUGGCUGUCCCCUUCAGGUUACAGCUGUAGCUGUCCGCUUGUGUGGAUCGGGCUGUAAUGGUGGCUUAAGAGGCAUACUUUGAUUUGAUGAAUUAUCAUGCAAGUGUAGCUGGGUUUACAGUCUGUGUGCUGAAGGCCUAACAAACAGAAAGAGGGAAACACACACACACACACGCGCGCACAGGCACAGGCACGUGAACAAUUGCUUACGUAGGCCUGAGAUUCUUAGUAACUUUACAGGAGAGCUGAGCUGAGCUGUGCUGUGUAACAGGUUGGCGAAUCAGUAGUGAAAUGACUGGUUCAAUGGAAAAGUUUCCACAAGAGUGUGUAGCCUAUAGGCUUCACUAUCCCCCCCAACCCCGCCCCAACCCCACAGACAGGGCACAAGGUCAGUGUUUUUCCCCUCUCAUUCAAGCCUUUAUAGUCAGCAGCCUUCCAGCAGGAAGCAGAUUUAGUACUGAGAGAGCCGUGCAAAAGUUGCCAUUUGGUACAUCAGCGUAAGGACGCUACGCUGAAGUUGUCACUUUCAAGUUUGGUCAAAUUUAAGUAAGUCUUGCCAGGGAUUUCCAAAGGCACUCUACUAGAUAAGAUUAAGUUUAAAAAAAAAACAACUUUAUUGUGGUGGGCUAACGCAUUGCAAACAAGAAUCCUUUACAGCCUAUCCACUAACCAACUAACCACGCUGAGGUUGUGUCAAGUCCGUCAAGACUUAAGCCCCAUCAUCAUCAUCAUCAUGCAUAGGAUAUCGAUCAGCUGUUUUGGUGUGGUCACCAUGUAUCCUUAUGGGGAGCAAUCCUGGGGAGGGAUGGAGGAGCUGCAGUCUCUGGACCCUCGCCGCCAGGAGCUGCUGGAGGCGCGCUUCAUGGGGGCGGUAGGAGGGGGCAGCACUGGGGGCAGCACCGGCAGCGCUAGCGGGGGAGCCAAGGGUCUGACUAACAAUGAAUGCUCCAACCACAGCUUUGGCAGUCUGGGUUCAUUAAGCGACAAGGAAUCAGAGAACUCUGACAUGAAGAGGGGUGGUUCACCCGCAUAUUCGACUCCCGAAAAGAAGCACUCGGAAACCUCCAGAGGCAGGAAGAGGAAAGCUGACAACCAAUCGGAGAGCAACCAGGGGAAGUCGUCUGGGCGAGGAGGACCUAAGAUUAGCGACUAUUUCGAAUAUCAGGGGGGAAACGGCUCGAGUCCGGUGAGGGGUCUUCCUCCAAUGCUGCGCUCUCCCCAGAACUCACAUUCCCACUCGGCACCAGGCUUGAUCGUCAGGCAGAACAGCUCCUCUCCAACUAGCCUGUGCUCAGCGGACCACAUGAUGCACCCCAAACAGCUCAACAGUCGCAGCAUUCAGACGGACCUGACUCUGCUGAAGCUGGCGGCUCUGGAGAGCAACAAGAAUCAGGACCUGGAGAAGAAGGAGGGGAGGAUAGACGACCUGCUCAGGGCAAACUGUGACCUCAGGAGACAGAUAGACGAACAGCAGAAACUCCUGGAGAAAUACAAGGAGCGGCUGAACAAGUGCAUCACCAUGAGCAAGAAACUGCUAAUAGAGAAGAGCACCCAGGAGAAGCAGUCUUGUCGUGAGAAGAGCAUGCAAGAUCGCUUGCGUCUCGGACACUUCACAACCGUCAGGCACGGAGCCUCUUACACAGAACAGUGGACUGACGGAUACGCCUUUCAGAACCUAGUCAAGCAGCAGGAGUGGGUAAACCAGCAGCGUGAGGAUAUCGAGCGUCAGCGUAAGCUGCUGGCCAAGCGCAAGCCGCCCAGCUCCAACCCCUCACAGAGCCCCUCCCCCUCCUCAGAGGCCAAACAGCGCAAAACCAAAGCAGUCAACGGGGCCGACAACGACCCUUUCCUCAAACCCACCCUCCCCACGCUGUUGACUCUAGCAGAAUACCACGAGCAAGAAGAGAUCUUCAAACUAAGGCUGGGGCAUCUGAAGAAGGAGGAAGCUGAGAUCCAGGUUGAACUGGAGCGACUAGAGCGCGUGAGGAACCUCCACAUCCGAGAACUGAAGAGGAUCAACAACGAAGACAGCUCACAGUUCAAAGAUCACCCAACUCUUAAUGAGAGAUACCUGCUGUUGCACCUUCUGGGUCGAGGAGGAUUCAGUGAAGUUUACAAGGCGUUCGACUUGUUUGAGCAGCGCUACGCCGCUGUGAAAAUCCACCAGCUCAACAAGAACUGGAGGGAAGAGAAGAAGGAGAACUACCACAAACAUGCGUGUCGAGAGUACCGGAUCCAUAAACAACUGGACCAUCCCAGAAUAGUCAAGCUCUACGACUACUUCUCCCUGGAUACAGACACGUUCUGCACGGUUCUUGAGUUCUGCGAGGGGAACGAUCUGGAUUUCUACCUGAAGCAGCACAAGCUGAUGUCGGAGAAGGAGGCUCGCUCUAUAGUCAUGCAGAUCGUCAACGCACUCAAGUACCUCAACGAGAUCAAGCCCCCCAUCAUACACUACGACCUCAAACCAGGUAACAUCUUGCUGGUGGAUGGCACAGCGUGUGGUGAGAUCAAGAUAACAGACUUCGGGCUCUCCAAGAUCAUGGAUGACGAUAACUAUGGCGUGGACGGCAUGGACCUCACAUCACAAGGAGCCGGCACUUACUGGUACCUUCCUCCCGAGUGUUUUGUGGUGGGCAAGGAGCCUCCAAAGAUCUCCAAUAAAGUAGAUGUGUGGUCAGUGGGGGUCAUCUUCUUCCAGUGUCUCUACGGACGCAAGCCGUUUGGCCAUAACCAGUCCCAGCAGGAUAUCCUUCAGGAGAACACCAUUCUCAAGGCCACCGAGGUGCAGUUCCCCGUCAAACCCGUAGCCAGCAACGAGGCCAAGGCGUUUAUUCGUCGGUGCCUGGCGUAUCGUAAGGAGGAUCGCUUCGACGUGCAGCAGCUGUGUAGUGACUCCUACCUGCUGCCCCACAUGCGACGCUCCAAUUCGUCAGGAAACCUCCAGGCCCCGCCCUCUAGCCCCGCCCCCUCCGCCAUCAUCUCCUACUGAUUGGACGGAGUACACGACUGACGCCUCAUCUGACCAACUGCGCUCCCACCCUCCUCCUUCUCCUCCUCCACCAACGCCAUCUCUUGGAUGCGAUGCGUUGUGAUUGGUUGUCUGGGUGCCUGGGACUGAAGCCAGGCUCCCCAUUGGACCCAAUCCACCCGACUGACAUGCCAUCUGACCAUUCGCUCCUCCACCAUCUCUGAGCUGUGAUUGGUCUGUCAUGGGAGCAGGGGUGACUCGUCGGCUCCUAAAAGAGGACGCGCGCCCUGUGGCGGCCAUCUUAAAUGGCUAUGGAUGGCCAUGGACAUGGUCGCCAUUUUUCUUUCUUUCUUUCUUUCUUUUUCCUUUGUUUUGUUUUUCUUUUCAAGUUGCACUCUGUUGCUGGAGGAAAUGAUGCGGGGGCAAAUUGAGGACUUAAAGCGUUCAGCAGAAAAAGAGAGCAACGCUGUAAAUGGUUGACGUGUACAGGCGAGCGUGGCAAUGACACGCCGUCCUGACUCGUCACCAUGGUUACGCUUCUUUUGGCCCGUCUGUCAUCUGGACGGGUGUGGCUGUGACGUGUCAGUGUGACUGACGUGUGUUUCGGAGUGGAAUGCCAUCACCAUAGUUACACUGCCUGUUCUGGCAGACGUGAGAAGCUUUAAUGGCGGUAUUCUCAAAGGCACUAUCACACACGGAAGCCCAACUACACGCGUGCGUGUGUGCGUGCGUGCGCGUGCGUGCGUGUGUGUGUGCGUGCGUGUGUGUGUGCGUAUGUGCGCGUGCGUGUGUGUAUGUGCGUGUGUGUACAUGUACAAUUGUGCACGAUUAACAAAAAAAAAAUCCUGCAAGUGUGCCAUCCCUCUCUGCUGUUCAAACUGCAGCAACCACACAAACUAACCAAAUGUAGGUUAUGGCACACCUGUAGUGUGUGUGUAUGUGUUUGUGAGCGAGUGAGAAGAUUGUUGGAUUGUGUGUGUGGGUGCACGACUGUUGAAAUUUCGAUCUCUCCUUGUGUAAGAAAGAUGUGUGUUAGUCAGAAGAACUUAAUUUUGCAGGACUAACCCAACAUGUUUCCUUUCUUUUUUUCUCUCGUUCAUUUCUAAACUGGUCUUUCCAGAGAUGGUUUGAUGUUUUUUGCUGCUAUUUUAUGUUGCUUUCUUUAAUUUUAAUUCAGAAGCUGUUCAAGCUUCCGGUACAAGCUGUACAGUUUGGUUAAAAAAAAGAAAAAAAACAAUUUAAUGAUUUCAAUAACUAGAUCACAGCAUGCAGAAGAAAAGCUGAAGUUUGUGUGUGUGUGUGAGAGAGGGAGAAUGUGUCUGUAUUUUUCAGUCUGUGUGAGUGUGUGGCCAUUUUGUUUUUUUGUUUUUGAUGGAAAUGAUUUUCGAUUGGACAGUUGGUGGGCCGGACCCCGCCCUAGUGAUCGUGUCACCACAGCGACUACACACGGACAUGCUUCUUCCAUGCUCAUGUUGCUAGGCAACACCCCCAUUUCAUCCAGGACCUGACACAGUUCAGUACAGAGACUGGCUGCAUGAUCAUGCAGCUGCCACACCACAACCACAACCCCCCCAGCCCACCUCACCUCACCAACACAUGGUUGGAGAAAAGAAACAAAACAAAUGGACUUGACAUUAAAAUAAAAUAACUGAAGAAUGAAGUGAUUGAAGGACAUCUUGAUCGGAUGGAUAGAUUUAAAGACUGGGGGUACAUUCCAAUAUGCAACCUUGCAUCCUUCACUUGCGCUUUUGUCCUCGUCCUGCCUCCUGGCCCCUCCUCCGUGGAGAAAACAAAUAAGUUUCCCCACUGUCAGCCUAGUCAAAACAAUUCUUAGGGGACUAUUCUUCAUUCACCAUCCAGUGUGCAAAUGAGAAAAUGUGAGAUAUUGAAAUAUAAUGCUGUUGUCUGUGAGGUCAUCAUGACAUAUUACUUCCUGUUACGAGGCCACAAGCACAAGUGGAGGACGCAAGGUCGCAUAUUGGAACGCACCCUGGGUGGAUGUGUUUUUGUUCAAAGGGAUAAUGAUGUUCUCCAGUUGUGUUCCAUAAUGGGGGGGUCCUGCUGGUUUAUUUUUUCCCCUCCCCGUCAUUAUUCUUGAUUUCAUGGUCUGGCAAGAUGCUGUAGACCUUUCAUGUGUCGCCCCCACCCCCUUAAACACCCCACCUGAUGACCCCCCCCCCCCCCCCCCAAAAAAAACAGUUGGACUGUCUAAAAUGCUGCUGGGAUUGUAGAGAAUGUAGCCAAAAAACAGUAAUAAACGUCAAAAAGGUUAAAAAGUA